AUGUGCGCAUCACGCUACGACCUCAGGCAAAGGCCAGCCGCCGGGGGGCGCGACGAAGACGAGUCACCAGAGCGGCGGAAGCGGAAGCGGAUCAGUCCAGAGCGGAUCAGGCCGGGGUCGUCUGAGGCGGAGAUGCCACCGCGAGGGUGGGCUAAAAGGAAGAAAAAGACAGAGAAAGAUUCUCCUUCUCGGGGACGACCAGGACGAGAACAAAGCCCUAGUGAGUCGGGCUACAAUACCGACGAGUCCACAAGGAACCCCGAAAUCGACGAUGAGGAAUCCAGCAGCGAGGACAGUGACGCCGAGUCAUCGUCUAGCGAUGAGGAAAGGGAACCUGGCGGCUCUGAUGGGGAAGGGUCGGAUGAUGAAGACGGCGGCGCUGGCGGUACUGCGGGUGGCGGGAAUCCGUCGACCCAGCCACCGACGCCCGACUUGACUGGCCCUUCUUCUCAGGAGUACAUUCUUUGCAUUUGGACGUGUGGUGGAGUUGACCUUGUGCUGACGUUGGGGUUUCAGGGAGCCUGGAGUCUCGUCUUGCCCUCCAACGCCGUCUGGAGAAGUGCCAUUGCAUUUGCUGGCGGAUUCUCGGGAAUGGCCGUCAACUACUUCGGCGGCUGA